AUGGCAGCUGUGACCGUGGAAAGCUCUCAGAAAAGGAAGGCCAGCGCUAUGGGUACCAUGGCCGUGGUGGAAGCAGAUGAUGGUGAGGAGGUGGUGCCCUACAGCCUCAUCGACAAGCUUCAGGAGUCGGGAAUCAACGCGGCAGAUCUGAAGAAGUUGAAAGACGCGGGCUUCAACACCUCGCAGUCGGUGGCCUUUGCCAUGCGCAAGGAGUUGCUGAGCAUCAAGGGUCUCUCCGAUCAAAAGGUGGACAAGAUCAUCGAAGCUGCCCGGAAGUCCAGCGAAAUUGGCUUCGUGACCUGUACACAGCUUGUGAGCAAGAUGAAGAGCCGAUUUCAGAUUGCCACUGGUGCAGGGAAGUUGGACCAAAUGCUUGGUGGUGGUGUGGAGAGCUGCUCGAUUACGGAGAUCUUUGGGGAGUUCCGUUGUGGCAAGACCCAAUUGUGUCAUUCCCUUUCGGUCGUCGCGCAGCUUCCCUCCAGUAUGGGCGGUGCCAACGGCAAGGUGGUCUACAUCGACACCGAGGGCACCUUCCGCCCCGAGCGCAUCCGACAAAUCGCGGAGGCCAAGGGCGUGUCGCCCAGCGAUGCCAUGGAUAACAUCGUCUAUGCCAGGUGCUACACCUCUGACCAUUUGGAGCAGCUAUUGGUGGAAGCGGCUGGAUUGAUGGUGAACGACGAAGAUCGCUUCGCGCUGCUGGUGGUGGACAGCAUCAUGGGUGGCUUCCGGGUGGACUACAGCGGCCGCGGGGAGCUGGCGGAUCGACAGCAGAAGUUGGCGCGGGUGAUGAACAAACUGCAGAAGGUGAGCGAAGAGUUCAACGUCGCUGUCGUCUUGUCCAAUCAAGUCAUGGCUGACCCUGGGGGCGGCUGUGCCUUUAUGCCGAGUUACCCCAAGCCAGUGGGAGGCCACAUUUUGGCGCACUUCAGCACCACGCGCGUCAUGUUGCGCAAGGGCCGCGGCGAGCAGCGCGUGGCGAAGAUCUACGACUCGCCGUGCCUGCCGGAGAGUGAGAGCAUCUUUGAAAUCUACAACGGAGGUGUGAGGUCCUUGAACGAGUGUGGGCCACUGCCGGACGACAACCGGGCUCAGGCGCGGAGGAUCGUCCUCGUUGGUUACGAAGCCUGCUUAGUAAGCUAUUUCUAUAAGGUCACCACUGAGAAUCCCUACGGCAUCGGGAUCCGAGAUGAACCGGACAUCGAUGGCCCACGGACGGGGGAGGACCUGAUUAGAGGCUCUGUCUUUGAGGUGGAUGAAAUCGUAGAGGUCGAGGAAGACCUCACCUAUUUGCACCUGGCCGAUCAGCGCGGCUGGGUCUUUGACAACUCCAUCUUCGAGCCAGAGAGCCCGUGUGUGGUGAACUUGGCGGAAAUCGAGCCUGGCUGCACAUUGACCAUGUGGCGAGGGGAGGUCGAUGAGUUGGCCAAGACGAUCGGCCUGAAAUUCAGACAGGACUCCAAUGAUGGGCAGCCCUUCACCCUGACAGUUCUGGAGGAAGGAGAGCCCAUUCAGCGCGUCCCGAUCGCUCCUGGCUCCAACUUGCGGAAGAGUUUGUUGGCGAAUGGUUUCCAGGUCUACCAGGAUCUUCGUUCCGUCUUCAACUGCAAUGCCAACCAGCUCUGUGGCACCUGCGUCUUGGACGUCAUGGAGGGUGGAGACAACUUGACAGUCCGCUCGGUGAAUGAGGCAGCGGUGAUGGCUGCGAACCCACCCAGCUUCAGGUUGUGUUGCAACAUCGAUGUUUAUGGAGAUGUGACUGUGAGGUUGCGACCCCGCGGUGUGAAGUAUGGCGGCGGCACCAGCUGA